AUGUUAGUACAUUUCUCUUUCGCAAACUUCGCUUUCGUCAGACGUCAUAGAUAUUUUAGAACUGUUUUCUAUUUCUUUCUGACUUGUCUGUCUACUUUAUUUCUAUGUAUUUUUCAUUCAAACUUACUGAACCAUCAUCUUUCUUUCUUUCUUUAUUCAUUUAUUGCUUUCUUUAUUCCCUGCCUAUUAUCGUUCUUUCUUUCUUUCUUUCUUGCCUGCUUGUUUGCGUAUUUUCUCUUUCAUUCUUUAUUUCGUUCUUUCUUUCUUUCUUUCUUUCUUUCUUUCUUUCUUUCUUUCUUUCUUUAUUUAUUUAUUUCUUGCUUGCUUGCUAGCCUGAUGUUUGCUUUCUUUCUCUUUCAUUCUUUCUUUAUUUCUUUGUUCCUUUCUUUAUUUCUUUCUUGCUUGCUUGUUUCCGUUUGUUCUUUUUCUCUUUCUCUUUCAUUCUUUCUCUAUUUCUUUCUUUCUUUCUUUCUUUCUUUCUUUCUUUCUAGCCUGAGUGUUUGCCUUCUUUCUUUCUUUCUUUCUUUCUUUCUUUCUUUCUUUCUUGCUUGCUUGCCUGAGUUUUGCUUUCUUUCUUUCUUUCUUUCUUUCUUUCUUUCUUUCUUUCUUUCAUGCUCGCUUACUUGA